CGAAUGCCAGUGUCUCGGUGGCAUGCACUCGUCAACUGCUGCCUGAACGUUCUGCAAACUUGUGUGGUGCCCGCCGGACAAUUAUGGCGUCGACAUGUCCAUCAUGGGCACCCUUUGCAGCUCAGCGAAUCAUGCGGCUUCCGCCCGCGACGGUUUUGCCCUGAUCUUCGCUGCACGUUCAGUCCCACCGUGAUACAGACAAGAGCCAAGAGCCAAUUGCUGCUGCUCCGACAUGGGCCCGUAUGUUAAGGCGACAGCGUCUGUCCACUGCCAGUUAGAGCUCACGCUGGGCAUCGACGCGCGCGCAUCCCGCGAUCCCGAUGGUCCAGCCUCCCCAGCCACCGUCCUCCGAAUCUCGAGACGUCGGUCUGUGUAUUUCGCCCCGACGCAGCGACCGCAAUAUUCGGGCGUACGUGGGCUGACAGUCGAAACACGACGACGGACCAUUGACGAUGUCCAACAGAGCUACCACUGCUCGCGAGGCGCACGCACUGACACCAUCUGCACACGAGACCCCGCUCAAUCACCAGGUUCACGUCCUUGGUGUGCGUGUGCGGGGAAGGCCGAACGCUCGGGCUUGGGCCGAAGGGCAAUGUUCACUCAACUGCCCCAACUGAAGCCGGUGCGAAAGUUGCAACGCAGAACGGGGCAGCGUAGGGCCCUCUCUCUGGCUCUGCGGCUAAGAUUUCUCGAGUCGGGGUUUCACGGGGCAACGUUCGCACUUCAGUGUGCAGAUGUUUGCUAUUCCAGAAGGGUUCCAUGACGAGCCCCGGAUUGUCUGGGUCUUGGUCUGCCCCGAGAGAGUCCACCCUCGGCCAUUCGGCUAUGGCUGUUGUCACAACAUGGUGCUACGCGGACACGAUCGCCCCUUCUGUUCGUUUUCGGCUCCUUGCCAAUGUGUCAACGGCCCGCACCGAAGACAGCUUCGUGCUGCGCUGACAGCCGCCAUCCGCUUACCCGGAAGGCGGUACGCUCUUCUCGCUUGGAGCCCGCUCGCGCUUCCUCGGAUCGUCACCUCGAUAUCGUCGUCUUGCAGUGCGGUGUCUCUCCUGCUCGUCAUCUUUCACGCGCUGGCUGGGGCCGACAUACUGGCGGAUUGCAGUUUCCCGGAGGGGGUUGUCGGAGUCGGCUGUGGGCUAAUCGGGGGUGUCUGUCCAUGGUACUAUUCAUUUCCCCUGCGUACCCCACUGGUCCUCUAAACAAGGCACUACCUAAGUCUCCGGUGUGCAUGCUUCGAGCGGUCUUUGAAUGUUCCUGACCGUCGACACGCAGUGGACUCCCCUGACAUGGAGCGCCUGAACUUGAAAACAGCACUUCGACGUCUACGCUGACCGACUCAAUAGCCAAAACAGCGGUUGAAGGGCGCUAUUCUUCCCUUCGGACCACCGUACGAGGCUUUUCGCACACCAAGACCGCACGUUCGCCUUACCACGGUAGCACGAGGACGAUUCCAGAGCGCGCUCUUCUCUACCCCUGUCGGCUAUCGGCAUGCCCUCGCUGAACGUUGACUGGUGACCACCGGCUCGAACUCGCCUCGGUCAGUGCCGCUAUCAUCUUCCGCUCAGUACUCAUAUCGUCCACGGCCGAAUGUAUUUUUGCGCGGGGAUCGUUCGUCGGCCGCAAUUACUAGACAGUGCGGUUGCGCCCCAUAUCGGCGCCAUCGAUCAGGGUGGGCGCGAUACACGUGUUCGAACCCACAAGCUACUUCCCCUUCUCUGCGUUCAGGUGGGAAGCGGGCUCGCUGGAGGGGGCUACUCGUCUGCUCCCAACGCAACGGUGCUACGUCAUUGCCUUCUCCCGCGACUUCGCUACGGACCAUCGACCAUCGACACAUCGACGGAAAUCUGCGAUCGAUAGGUGACGCGAAUUUACAUGGCUCGCCUUGGUGAGUCUAUCUUACGCCGAUCUCCCUCUCGCGCGUCGCCCACGCCCAGUGUCUCGCUCGCGAGGCAGUAUGCGGUGUUGUGUGUUCAGGUUUCUAGAACGCGGCAUGUUCUGGACUACGCUGUUGUGAGCGGAUCUAGGAGUAGGCUUGGUUUGUUGGCGAGCCGUGCGUGUGCAGGAAGGCAGACUCACUUG